CCAGAGGGGGCGGGGCUUAGCGCGUUCUACACGAGGAAAUAGAUCCAACAUUCAAACACACAGUCUCUUACAGUCGUUGUUGUGAGGAAAGUGUCGAGUUUGAAAGUGAAAAUGUGCAGAGCUGCGUGUCUCCUUGUGCUCGUCUCUUUAAUCAGCUCUGGUAUUAACGCGUUGGACAAUGGUCUGGCUCUUAAACCCACUAUGGGCUGGCUGCACUGGGAGAGAUUCAUGUGCAACAUCGACUGUGAUUCUGAUCCAAACAACUGCAUCAGCGAGCGUCUGUACAUGCAGAUGGCAGAUGUGAUGGCGAAGGAGGGCUGGAAAGAGGCCGGUUACGAGUAUGUGUGCAUCGAUGACUGCUGGCCCUCCCACCAGCGAGAUGCCCAGGGCCGCCUGCAGGCAGACCCAAAAAGAUUCCCGGGGGGCAUCAAGAAACUGGCCGACUAUGUCCAUUCUAAGGGACUGAAGCUCGGUAUCUAUGCAGAUGUGGGGAAAAAAACCUGUGCUGGGUACCCUGGCAGUCUGGGUUACUAUGAGACAGAUGCUAAGACCUUUGCUGACUGGAAUGUGGAUCUGCUCAAAUUUGACGGUUGCUAUAUGGACUGGAAAUUGCUGGGAGAAGGUUACGUGAACAUGUCAAUAGCACUGAACAAAACCGGAAAAAGCAUCCUGUACUCCUGUGAGUGGCCUUUGUAUGAGUGGCAAUACCAACAGCCCAACUACACGGCCAUUCGUGAGACGUGUAACCACUGGCGCAACUUCGGUGACGUGUUCGACUCGUGGAGCUCCAUCAAGUCUAUCUUGGACUGGUCUGCUUCUCAUCAAGACAUCAUCGUCCCCUCGGCUGGACCCGGAGGCUGGAACGACCCCGAUAUGCUCGUGAUUGGGAACUUUGGCCUCAGUCAUGACCAGCAGGAGUCUCAGAUGGCUUUAUGGGCCAUCAUGGCGGCCCCUCUGCUCAUGUCCAAUGAUCUGAGGGACAUUUGUCCUCGCUCCAAGGCGCUGCUGCAGAACAGACACAUCAUCGCCAUCAACCAGGACCCGCUGGGCAAGCAAGGAUACUGCACAGCCAAGGUGGACAGUUUUGAGGUGUGGGAGAAGCCUCUGUCUAAGAACCGACUGGCCGUCGCCGUGCUGAACCAACAGGAGAUCGGCGGUCCGCGAGGGUAUUUCAUCCAAGCGGUUCCCGGCUGGAAGAUCUGUGACCCCCAGUGUAACGUCACACAGAUCCUGCCUCAGUACAAGGAAUUGGGUGUUCAGAAGCCAAAAUCCACACUGAUUCUAUCUGUCAACCCCUCAGGCACAACUCUACUGACUGUCACUCCCGUCAGCAGCGACAUUACGGGGCUUUACAAGCUGUACUGGCAGGAGGACUCGUCUCACAAACGCAAGCACACCACUUUGUAGUCCUACAAUGGUUAUGCACUUUAUCUGCUUACACUGAUUCUCUGAAGUUGGAAAUUUAUUUGAACAAAUGUGUUGCUUUGUGAAAAUGUGUUUGAAUUUAAAAAGGGAAAAUGUUUUGUAGUCUAUAGAAGUGAUUGCCAAAGACUGGGUUGGGACCCACAGGAGAUUUUAUUAGGGUCGCCAAAUAAAUGUGAAAUGUACUCCCUUGUCUUUUAAGAUUUAUAUCUGCAGUACACCUUUGAGCCACAUGAGGGAACCUGAAUGUUCAUAUUGUUCCGGUACUGUAAGUGUAGCCUACUUAUGACAUUAAAGCUAAUAUGAAAGGCUAGUUUACAAUCGGUUUUACUGAG